AGGACGAGCAGUACCGAGGACAGGGCGGCUCAGGCCCCUGCCAGACCCCCGGGAGCGAGGGGCCGGACCGCCCCCAGCACCGCUCGGCCGCCAUACUGCGGGGCAACCCAAACUUGUUACACACGGGCACCAACUCCUCCUCCUCCUGCUCCUGCUCCUGCCCCUCCCGCCGCCGCCGCCCUGCCCCCACCGGCGCGGGGAGGAGGGGGCUGCGCCGGCCCAGCCGCAGCCGCGGGGAAGGCGCCGAGGCAGGCGGGGGCCGUGCGAGGGGAGCGCCGCAGCCCCCCGCAGUCUUCCAGAAAGUCUCAGUGUAGAAAAAAUGAAACCCAAAACAUGCAUGCUGUAUAUUCAGGCUGCUACUCUUGGUGUCUGAAGACUCUGUUUCCCUGCAAACAAACAUCAUUUAUUUCUCUGGCAAACAGAAGAAUGCACUCAGUCACACUUCUCAGCAGCUCUGCAGCCUGGGGAGUGUGUGGGCAGUCUUUGUAUGCAGCAUCCUGGAAAAUGUGCGUUCUCUUGAAGUGAUCUGCUGAAAACCACGUACUUGUACAGUUGUUCCAGCCUCCCUUGCUGUGUUGCUCUCAAGAGCUGAAAUGCCUGGUGUCUAACACUCUCUGGGGUCUCCAUUUCAUCUGCCAAAGAAACACUACCUGCUGCAGUUAUCCAGUGAACCCCAAAGAGCACGGACACUGAAGAUGGCUCUGUGUGCUUUUUGUACAGUUUGGGGUUUCUUACUAGAAGUGGCAGUAGCAUUUGGCCCAGUGCCAAGGAUCACUUGGGAACACAAAGAGGUCCAGCUAAUACAUUUUAAUGAAUCAAAAGUAUCAAACUAUUCAACCUUGCUGUUAAGUGAAGACAAAAACGUUCUGUAUGUAGGAGCCAGGGAAGUGAUCUUUGCCUUAAACGCAGUGAAUAUUGCUGAGAAGCAGAACGAGUUACACUGGAAGGUCGCAGAAGAUAAAAGGACUAAAUGUGCAUUUAAGGGCAAAUCAGAACAGACAGAAUGUCGUAAUUAUGUGCGCGUCUUGCAACAGCUGAAUGAUACUUUCCUCUAUGUGUGUGGAACUAAUGCAUUUCAGCCAACAUGUGAUUACCUGAAUUUAAUUUCAUUUGAACUUGGAGGUAAAAAUGAAGAUGGUAAGGGCAGAUGUCCAUAUGAUCCUGGUCAAAGCUACACAUCUGUUAUGGUUGAUGAGGAGCUUUAUUCUGGGACUUCCUACAAUUUCUUGGGAAGUGAACCUAUUAUUUCACGGCACUCGCAUCAGAGCCGUCUGAGAACAGAGUAUGCAGUACCUUGGCUUAAUGAGCCCAACUUUGUUUUUGCUGAUGUGAUAAGAGCAGAUCCAAACAGCACAGAUGGAGAAGAUGACAAGAUAUACUUCUUUUUUACUGAGGUGUCUGUGGAGUAUGAAUUUGUUGGAAAAUUGAUGAUUCCAAGAAUAGCUAGAGUAUGCAAGAGAGACCAAGGAGGAUUAAGGACCUUGCAAAAAAAAUGGACUUCGUUUCUCAAGGCCAGACUGAUUUGUACCAUCCCUGAUAAGAAUUUAAUUUUCAAUGUUAUCAAUGAUGCUUUUAUUCUCAAAUCUCCAACUUUGAAGGAACCAGUGAUAUAUGGAGUCUUCACCCCACAACUGAAUAAUGUGGGGUUGUCAGCAGUGUGUGUAUACAAUCUGUCUACUGUAGAAGAGGUUUUCUCAAAAGGAAAGUACAUGCAGAGUGCUACAGUGGAGCAGUCUCAUAUAAAGUGGGUACGAUACUAUGGGGAAAUUCCGAAUCCUCGACCUGGUGCGUGUAUAAACAAUGAAGCCAGAGCAUCAAACUACAUGAGUUCUCUGAAUUUACCAGACAAAACAUUACAGUUUGUUAGAGAUCAUCCUCUAAUGGAUGACUCAGUGACUCCAAUGGGAGACAGACCUCGCCUAGUAAAGCGAGAUGUGAAGUAUACACAGAUUGUAGUUGACAGAGUCAGAGCACUCAAUGGCACCAUCUAUGAUGUUAUGUUCAUCGGUACAGAUCGAGGAGCCCUGCACAAAGCUAUCAGCUAUGAAAAUGGAAUGCAUAUUAUUGAAGAAACACAGCUUUUUCCAAAUUUUGAACCAGUCCAAACUCUCUUGCUUUCAUCCAAAACAGGCAGAAGAUACCUCUUUGCUGGUUCAAAUUCUGGUGUGGUGCAGUCUCCAGUGGCAUUUUGUGACAAGUACACCACUUGUGUUGACUGUGUUUUAGCAAGGGAUCCUUAUUGUGCUUGGAAACCUCUUGAAGCUUCCUGCAUUGAUAUUUUUAAAGAAGGUGAAAUGGAAAGGAACUGGAUUCAAAACAUAGGUGGAGAUGCAUCUUCUUGUUCUGAUAAAGUAAGAGAGAAUCCCCUACAGCAUACAUUCAAGCAUGGGAGCACAGCAGAACUCAAGUGUUCUCAAAAGUCCAAUCUGGCACAGGUAGUUUGGAAGUUCAAAGAUGAUGUGCUGAGAGUGGAGAGUCCCAAGUACCGCCUGCUGGAGAAGGCACUGCUCAUCUUCAAUUUAUCAGAAGGAGACAGUGGUGUUUACCAAUGCUUGUCAGAAGAAAAAGUGAAAAAUAAGAAAUUUUCUCAAGUGCUGGCUAAGCAUGUUUUGGAACUGAAAAAAAUGCAGCAUACCGUGGUGGGCCCCACUGCAACAGCUGCACCAACAGAAGGUAAUAGUGAUGUGCCAAAAGUGUCAGCUGCCUCCAACACAGAGCUCUUCAAUUCAAUUCCUGAUGCAGUUCCAGAAAAGACAAUGUUCCUCAAGUCAAAUGAUAACUUCCUGUUGAUGUUCCUCUUCCUCUUCUUUUUCAUUCUCUUUUUGUGCCUGCUUUCCUACAACUGUUACAAAGGCUACUUGCCAGGGCAGUGCUUGAAAUUUCGCUCUGUGAUGCUGCUUGGUAAGAAGAAAACUAAGUCAGAUUUUUCUGAUUGCGAGCAAAGUGUAAAAGAGACGCUGGUGGAGCAGGGCAGUGUCAGCCACCAGAGUGGGGAGCAGCCCAAGCCUGCGCAUGACACUGGCUACGAGACGGAGCCCGACUGCGGGAACAGCCAGCUGCAGGCUGGGGAUUCGCAGGCGUCCCGCGAGGCCAAGGACAAGCCCUUCGACGUCAAGUGCGAGCUCAAGUACGCCGACUCGGACGUGGAGGGGGACUGAAGGAGCCCGUGGUCCCUCUCAGUGGCGGAAGUGAGCUGUGCUCCUGCAGCUGGCUGUUUGAGCACGGAGACCCUGGGUGUAACCCCAUAGCAGGGGUUACAAGCGUAAGCUGUACAGCAAGCCAAUUUUCAUUCAGAUCUCAACAGAUUAGAGAAGUGGUGUACUUGUCUGGAGACAUAGCAUCUUGUGUGGUACUGUCUUUUUUUCUGUUUUUUCAAAUGGCCAGUUUCAGAUCACUACUUGUUUAUUCCCAGUUUUCCCCCCACUGAGCACUUUGCUCUAUUGAAGCUACUUGCUUGUUCUUUGGCCAUAUUCUCCGAUAGAGUAAAAGUAACUUUACAAUUCAGUUGGCUUUAAAAAGUACUUCAGUCUUCACAUAUUUUUAGUUGCCAUUAAAAAAAGAUCUAGUUCCAUUUUAAUUCCAAAUUGGAAAUUGAGUUUAGUUUAUCAGAUUGGUAAAUUAUAGACUUUUGUCCAGAUUGGGACAUAUUUUUUCUUUCCUUCUAGUGAUUGUUUUUAGUUUUAUGCUUUGUGUUUUGGCACACUAGAUCUUUUUAGUUAAAGUUAAUUUUUUAACUGCUCUACAAGUAUCUUAGAUUUUAAGGUAUAAUGGGGAUAGCAUUGCCUUGAUUUGUGUAAGACUCAGGGAUAAUCUUGUUUAAAGGCUCUUUGCUGCUUUCUAGAAACGUAGGUACAACAAUAUCAGUACAAAACAUGGAGUAAGUGGGGAAUGGGGAAGGAGGAAACAAAUGUUUCUUUUUUUAAUUUUUUUUUCCUCCCCCCCACCAGCCAGCCAGCUGGACGUAGUCACAUUUUAUUUUCUGAACAAAACUGGAUUUAUUUUUUUUUCUUUAGUUAAUAGAACAGUACAGGCAAGCAACUGUCAGUUAGCAGUGACAAGGAAAGAGGUUUCUUGCAUUGUGGAAGCAAAACAGGAAUCAAGAAGAAUUAACUCCAACAAUUCAGCUAGUGACUCACUGGAAUGGACUGUUAGGACACAGCCUGAUGAGAAAACGUUGCUGAUUUUUUUCUUCUUUUCAGAUUCAGAAAUAACUCAGCUUCUUUUUGUGACAAAUACUUGCAGCGUCACCCUUUCUGGAUGAUACCUUCACUCUCCUAUGCAACUGGAGACUGGAACUGGAGCUGCUUAAACAAUCAGUCCUUUGAACUGUUUAUGUGAAUCAUGCCUGCUAAUGUGAAAGUGUGCAUUUGUUCUCAGCCUGGUUCACAGCAGCACUGUUUGUCUGUAAAAGCAUUUUAUGUGUGCAGUACAGUCCUGAAGAAUUGUUCCUCUCACUGCUUCGUUCUGUAAAUAUUGCUAGAAGUAGAAUACAUUUUAACAGUAAAUAGCAGUAUGCCUGGGCUGCGUUUCUGUGUUGAACCUUCAUGCAAACAUAAUUUAGACCAUCUUAGUGUAAACAGUUUAUAUUUUAUAAGAUUCAGUUUGGUUUUAUUUUUCUAUUUUUAAUUAUGUACAUAUAACAGAAUAAAUAUUAAAAUAAAUUGUAUUACA